AUUAUUAUUUUUUUAAAGGACCCUUUUACCUUUAUGAUUAUCCUCAUCCUAACUGAAAACUAGAUUCCCCGCCACUCGGAUCAUAGAAAUCUCCGACGGCGGCUUAAAGGGAUAAGCCCCACGCCACGCUCCUCCAACGACAGUUCAAAACCACGCUCUUCUUCUUCUUCAUUGGAGCUUCUAACGCUCUCAAAAUUCGACAACAGGGUUUCAGGAAAAUGUACCCUGGUGGUUACACUGCUGAAGUUACAAGCUUAUCCCCUAAAGCUACUGAGCAAGAUGUUUAUGACUUUUUCAGUCAUUGUGGUGCAGUUGAGCAUGUUGAAGUCAUCAGAUCUGGUGAAUAUGCCUGCACUGCAUAUGUGACAUUCAGAGAUGCAUUUGCUCUACAAACUGCUGUGAUGCUCAGCGGAGCUAGCAUUGUAGACCAAUGUGUAUCCAUAACACGCUGGGGAAGUUAUAUUGAUGAAUCUGAUCCUUGGAACAAUCCAUACAACCCUGAAGGCAACACUAGCUCAAUGGCUUUUCACACAAGUGAGUUCGUUUCUACUCCUGGAGAAGCAAUAACAGUUGCUCAGGAAGUUGUCAAAACAAUGGUAGCCAAGGGAUAUGUUUUGGGCAAGGACGCAUUAACAAAGGCCAAAGCUUUCGACGAGUCCCAUCAAGUCUCAGCUACUGCAGCAGCCAAGGUUUAUGAGCUAAGCAAUAGAAUUGGGCUCACUGAGAAAAUCAAUGCAGGCAUGGAAGUUGUUAAAUCCACAGACGAGAAGUUCCAUGUUUCUGAUAUCACCAGAUCGGCCGCAACUGUUGCUGGAACAGCAGCAGUGGUAGCAGCCACAGUUGCUGGGGAAGCAGCUGUGGCAGCAGGAAGCGCUCUAGUCAAUAGCAGCUUCUUUGCCAAGGGAGCUCUGUGGGUUUCAGAUGCAUUGACUCGUGCAAGCAAAGCUGCAGCUGAUUUGGGUUCUCAUACCAGUAAAUAACCAACGUUCACAUUUGUCUUGUCUAUUUUAUGUCUUUGCUGGGGAAGCAGCUGUGGCAGCAGGAAGCGCUCUAGUCAAUAGCAGCUUCUUUGCCAAGGGAGCUCUGUGGGUUUCAGAUGCAUUGACUCGUGCAAGCAAAGCUGCAGCUGAUUUGGGUUCUCAUACCAGUAAAUAACCAACGUUCACAUUUGUCUUGUCUAUUUUAUGUCCUAGAAAUUUUCUUUGCAAAUAAAUAGGCUUUGAAGUAAAUUGUGAUCUAAUAGAUGGCCUUUCAAAAUGGUUUAGAAACAAUCUUGCUGGUUUUUCUUUUGACCAUGUUA